AUUGAGUUUUAAAAAUGUCAUCGAAACCGAUUUGUGACCGUGUUAACACAUAUGCUAACAGAACUAUUGGUAUACCGGGAUAUGAAGGAAUACCGCACAAUUUACUGAUCAAUGUUGUUGGUUGGGUGGUUUUAAUGUUUGGAUUUUCAUUGCUAAGGAAACUUGCAUGGGACUAUGGACGUAUGGCUAUGGUUCAACCGAAGAAAAAUAGAUGGACCACACUGUUCUACGCAGAUGUACAGAGACGUGUUAGUGAAACUGGUUCAGUUGAAAGUUUAGAACAAAAUAUACCCAUGAAUGAUCCUGGCUAUUUCUCAUGGAUAAUCAGCUAUUUUAAACUGACGUCUGAUGAUCUACAAUCUAAGGCUGGAAGUGAUGCUGUUCAGUACUUGAGAUUUCAUACCUACUUAAUCAUUUAUACUGCAAUAACUACAGUUUUAUGCUUAGUGGUCAUUCUCCCGGUGAAUAUACACGGUACACUAAAAUCUCCUGACCUACAACAGUUCGGUGUAACAACAAUAUCAAAUAUAUCCAGUAAUUCUUCCAGUCUAUGGGUUCAUACAAUAUUUGCUAUUGGAUUUUUUCUCUUGGCAUUUUUUCUAAUGCAACAUUUCUCCAGGCAGUUUCGUCGGGAAUCGAAUCGAACAUUAAAUUUUUCAGAUAAGACACUAAUGAUUUGGGGGAUAUCAAGAACCAAUAUUUCUCGAGCACUCAUUCUAAGGCAUUUUGCUGAACUUUACCCUGAUUGUCCUGUUGAAGAUGUGCAAAUUUGCUAUGAUAUACGUAAAUUGAUAAAACUUGAGAAUGAAAGAGAUAGUCUUCGAACUGCAUUGAAAUAUUCUAUAGAAAGUUAUGAACAAAAAGGUCGACGUCCACUGAUCAUUCCACGGUGUUGUGGUUGGAUGUGUAAAAAGUGUUAUAAAAAUAAUUUUUGUCGUGAUUGUUGUUGGCGUGAAACAUAUACUGAACAAAGUCCAGAAUUUGCCUAUCCUUCAGAUGAUAGUCCAAUCCCAUGGUCAGAGACAGCAGACACUACCAGUAUUCAUAAUAGUAAUAAUAAUAAGUAUAAUAGAACAAUAGCCUUGACAAAUAGUUGUUCAUGUUGUUGUGCAUGCACACCAGCAGUGGAUGCAAUCGAUUAUUAUGAAAGCAGAAAUCAUUAUAUUCAAGAAGAAAUCGAUAAGGAAUAUGAUAUUGCUUUUAAAACACCUAUUGGUAUAGCAUUUGUAACCUUCUCAACAAGAUAUGCUGCUGCACGUGUGUGCAAGGAUUAUCGAGAUACCUGUAAACGUUUAAUGAAUCGUUUAACGUCUAGUGUGAGUAAGGAGUUAAGAAGUCAUACAUGGUCUGUGGAUUUUGCACCAACGCCUAGUAACAUUAUUUGGGGGAAUUUAUCUGUCACUCGAACUGUUUGGUGGUGUCGAGCUAUCAUUAUUAACCUAUGCGUCUUCUUUGUGGUAUUCUUUCUGACUACACCUACAUACGUAUUGAAUUUGGUUAAUACACUGCAUUUAACUGAACGUCUACAGAUUAACAAUCCUUUGCUGAAUCAAUUUAUACCGUCAAUUAUCCUCUGGUCAGUGUCUGCUUUAUUACCGUAUAUUGUCUUCAAUUCUGAUCGAAUUGUUGGUCAUUGGACAAAAUCAUGUCUACAUUUAACUGUUAUGACAAAAACAUUCACCUUACUGAUUCUAAUGAUUUUGAUACUCCCGUCGCUUGGUUUGACAUCAAUACCUGCUCUACUUCAAUGGCUCUUUCCCGAAAUGCGUAUCAUACCGUUAGUCCCAUCGAAUGAUGAUAAUACCACUGUAGUGGAAUCUACUACUACUUCUACUACUUUUACUACUACCACUACUGCGACUACUACCAUUGCUGCUAUGAAUACUAGUAGUACUACUACUACUACUACUUCUACUACUACAACAACGCCUUCUUCACUUGAAAUUGAAAAUACCACAAGUCCAUUUAUCCCAUUGGGGCCACAAUCUUUUCAAUGGGAAUGUGUUUUUAUGCCAGAUAAUGGUGCUUUCUUCGUGAAUUAUGUUAUCACUGCAGCAUUUAUUGGUACAGCAUUAGAAUUAGUUCGUUUCUCUGAAUUAAUUAAUUAUGCCUGUCGAUUAAUGUGCGUUAAAUCAGGUGCUGAAAAAGGCGGUGUACGAAAGGCUAGUCAAUUUGAAUUUGAAUUCGGCUUAUUCUAUGCUUGGAGUUUAUGUGUAUUUGCAGUGAUAUGCGCGUACAGUAUACUUUGUCCAUUGAUUACACCAUUCGGUUUAAUAUAUCUAAUCAUGAAGUAUUUUGUUGAACGUUAUAACCUGUACUAUGCCUAUCUACCUAGUCGUAUUGAUUCACACAUUCAUUGGCUUGCAAUUAGUUGUAUGCUGGCGUCUGUUUUCCUACUACAAUUGAAUAUAUUCAUGUUUAUUGUACUGCGUGCAGAUACUGUCAGUCAUGCUUUAGUGUUGUGUUCACUUUUGGGACUGAUAUUCUCAGCCUUAUUAUUGAUAUUUACAAUUAUUACUGGAUGGGUAUUAGCUGGAAAUACUUCAGCGCGUAAAUACCUCCUACGACAUGCAAAUCAUAUACCUGUUAAUGAAGAUGUAUUCGAUGAUCAACAGAGUCAAUUUACGCGGUCGAGUAGUUUGAAUUCUAAGAAACAAUUCAAAAAUCAUAUGCCGAACACAAUGGAUGAUCAAAACUCUAUUACAGAUCAUAAUGAUGCAUCAAUACGUGUCGGUGUGCAUACUUUUGAUCAGAUUACAUCACGAUUAGAUGCUGAAUUACAACAACAACAACAACAACCGACAAAUAUCGAUUUAACCAGUGGUCCUAGUUCAAUGCAAAUACUUAGUCGACAAGAUCUGCGUAGAAAUUCAUGCCUUGAAAGGUCGUAUUUCAAUGUAGACAAUGAAUUAUUGGUAAAUCCACAAUUUGUUGCUCCAGUCCUAUUGAAUAUACAUCAACGCGUCACUGCAUCUCGUCGGCCUAGUGCAUUUUCUGUCACCAGUUGUGUGCAUGAGAACCAUCCAGAUAAUCAAGUCGAUUUAGGAGGUGAUCAUAAUCUUCAACGUGGAUAG